AUGGCCGAACCAACCAAUUCUGGGUCCUGCCUCUGCGGCGCCGUGCAAUACCUCCUCUAUGGGAAACCGCUCAACAGCGCCGUCUGCCACUGCGACAGCUGCCAGCAGUUCACCGGGUCUGCCUUUGUCGCAAACUGCUGGUACAAGGAGGAGAAUGUCAAGCUCACCCGCGGCCACGACUCGGUUCAGACAUACGAUGAACAAGGGACGACCACUGGGCAGAUAAUGAAGCGGUCAUUCUGCAAGACUUGCGGGUCUUCUCUGUUUAUGCAGACGGCAGAGUUGCGGAAGCAGAAUGUCAUUUCCGUGACCAGCGGGACGAUGGACGAUCGCACGGAUUGCCAACCGGGGCUGGAGGUGUGGUGUGCGAACCGCCGGGGGUGGGUGACUUUGAACCAUCAGGGAGUGAGACUGGAGAGGCAGUGA